AUGUCGGCACCGUUUAUAGGCAUCUACACUGCCGUCUACGACUAUACAGCCCAAAACGACGAAGAAUUGUCCAUCAAGGAAAGCGACAUUCUUUAUCUAUUGGAGAAGUCGGAUUUCGACGACUGGUGGCUGGUGAAGAAGAGAGUCUUGGACGCCAACGUUGAGGAGCCGCAGGGAUUGGUCCCUAGAUCGUACAUCGAGCCAGCUGUCCCCAAGGAAAAGGCAAUUGCUCUGUAUGAUUACACAAAGCAAACCGAGGAAGAACUCUCCUUUAGUGAAAACACCCAAUUCAACGUGUACGACUCAUCGGAUCCUAAUUGGACGCUGGUGGAUAUCAACGGCCAGCAGUUUGGGUUUGUUCCGGGAAACUACAUUGACAUUGUCAAGUCGCAACAGCCACAACAACAACAACAACAACAACAACCCGUUCUACCUAUUCAACCGCAAGCGUCUCAACCUACUGCCUCUCUAACUGCAUUUCCUACCCCCUCGUUUCAAUCGGCGUCCACCCAAUCAUUUCCUAAACCUCCUCAAAGAAGUGACAGGACUUCUCAAAGUCCUUCGAAGCUGGACAACUAUAGAAACACCAACGAAGGAUAUGGACGUGAAGACCUCGACCACGGACAAGAUGGCGAAGAACCUCCUCGUAUGCCGGCAAGACCAUCCGGUAAUGACAAUACAACUUCAACUUCUCGUUCGACCCGUUCAAAUGGAAAAUCUUACUUUAAUAAUAAAAACAACAAUGAAAGUAGCAAUGGCUAUGAUGAUGAUAAUGAUUAUCCUGAUGGUGAUGAUGAUGAUGAUGAUGAUUAUGGCAAGGCAGCUGUGUCUUCAUCGCGUUCUAGAUCAGGCACGCAAACCUCUCAUAUGUCACGGAGGAAAUCCAUAUCCAACUUUUUCCAUUCAAGUAAAAAAGAUGAUGAAGUUAUAGAGCCAAUCCAUGGCGAUUUUGCUUGGAAAAUGCACGAAAUCGACGGCAAAAAGAAAAGAUCAGGAGUGUUGGAAAUUGGUAAUGGCAAGAUCUACAUUGAUAUCGAUAACAAGUACAAUGAAUCAUGGUCAAUUGCUAAUUUGGUCAAUUACAAUGCCGAAAAGAAACACGUUUUUCUUGAUUUCAAAUCGCCUUCUGAAUCUUUUGAACUACAUGUAGGUAAUAAAGAUUCUGCUCAAGCAAUCAUGUCGAUUUUGGGCGAUAUGAAAGGGUUACAUACUCAAUCUGCUUUGGCUGAUGUAAAGAAAGCCCAAAGAGAAGGUUACGAGGCUGGUUUAGCAUCCUCCACUUCUGAUUCUUCUCCGAUCAUGGGUGUGAUUUUGUACGAUUUUGAUGGUGCCGAUGAUGAUGAAUUGACUUGUCGGGAAGGCGAUAAGGUUUUAAUUAUUAACAGUAAAAAGUCAAAAGAAUGGUGGAUGGUUGAAAAUUCCAGGGGUAAACGUGGUGUUGUACCUUCAAACUAUAUCAAAUUGCUUUCAAAGAAAACUAAAAACGGUAUCUCCGAUGGCUCUUCCAAUAAUAAUGGUAGUAGUAGUAGUGGUGGUGGAUUUAUUAAAAACCUAUUAGGUUCUAGUAAAUCUCCAAAGAAAAAAUCUUCUAAAGAUAAGGACCGUGAAGAGAGAGAACUACGUGAAAGGGCAAGAAUUCAAAUGGAAAAAGAAGAGCUUGCCAGACAACGUCGCCUUGUCGAGUCUAAGGAAAAGAGUUUAUUAGAACGUGAAAGAGAACAACGUGCAAAACGUGAAAAAAUCCGUCGUUACGAUGAGAAAUUACGUGAAAGAGAACGUCAAAGAAGCCGUGACUCAAAAUCAUCUUCUAAAAACUCCGAAAAACAAUUUGAACAACCAAACCCUCAUCGGGUUCGUACUUGGAUUGAUAGAUCUGGCGCAUUCAAAGUUGAAGCUGAAUUUUUGGGUGUUCAAAACGGUAAAAUCCAUGUUCAUAAAACAAACGGCGUCAAAAUUGCCGUCGAUGCUAAUAAAAUUUCAAACGAAGAUUUAGAGUAUGUUGAAAGAAUCACCGGUACUUCAUUAGAGAAAUACAAGCAAAAAUUCGACAGGGAAGUCGCUCCAACUUCUUCCAGUUCAAGUCAAAAUAGAAUUAGUUCUCAGCCUCCACAAGCUCAACUGCAGCCUCAAUCAACUGAACCGUCAUUACCUUCACGUGAUUCCUCUUCCGCGGUCGCACGUCAAAAGGCAAAGGCCAUUCCAUUACGUGCCGAUCUAAUUGAUUAUUGGUUCAACGUAUGUGUGGAAUCUGGUGUUGAUGUUGCUGUUUGUGAUAGAUAUGCUAGGAAUUUUGCCCAGGAACAAGUUGAUGAAUCUGUCUUAGGCGAAGUAACACCCGCAUUGAUGCGUACUCUGGGUGUCAGGGAAGGAGACAUAUUGAAGAUAAAGAGAUACAUAGACAUGAAAUUGGGUAGAUCUAAAUCGCCAAGUGAUCCAUUACCGCCUCAACCCCAAACCUCAGCAACUGAAGAUGAAUGGACUUCAAGGCCUGCUGCAUCUAUUUCCAAUCAACAGCAGUCCAGUAGUAUUCUAGCAUCACCUCCACCUCCAACUAAGUCUGACUCUAAACAAGUAACUCCUCAAAUCACCGGUUCGAUUGUUGAUUUAUUGAAUAUUAAACCCAUGGAGCCUACAAAAACAGGCGUUACUCCAGUCAAGCCGGUCAGCCAAGCACCUCCAAGAAAUCUGGAACCGUUAACUGCAACCACAACUGGAGCUGCAACUAAGUCUGACACUACAGGCGCUAAUCUAAUGCCAAUGACUCAACAAAAGACGUCAUCGACACAACAACCAAUUAUUGCUAUGCCAACUGGGUUUGUCCCAAUAACAAUGGUUCCAAUGAUGACUGGUAUGAUGACUGGUAUGAUGACUGGUAUGCGUACUGGUGGUAUCUCCGGAGGAUUGAUAAACCCUACAAUGACAGGUGGUGCGCCUAUGACUACAUUUGGUGUCCAAUCACUAGCACAACAACCCCAAGCACAACAGCAGCAGAAAACAGGAGGUUUUAUUUUACCAUUAAAUACUGGUGCACAGAAUAUGAACAUGCCGCAAACUACAUUUGGGGCAAUUCCUUCCAUGGCUACCGGUGGUGCUGGUACGGGUAUUGUUAAAUUACAACCAACCGGUGUAAAAUUACAGAAAACUGGUGGUUUUGGUGUAAUGCAACCAACAAUGAAGACUGGCGGGGGGUUUGUGCCGCAAACAUCUUUUGGCAUGCAACUGAAUAAUGCAGUUACUGGAGGUAAUACUAUGAAUAACGCUUUGACUGGCGGAUUGAUGCCUCAAACAUCAUUUAUGAAUCCAGCAAUUACUGGUGGUAAUAACAUGAUGCCACAGACAUCUUUUAUGAAUCCAGCCAUUACUGGUGGUAAUAACAUGAUGCCACAGACAUCUUUUAUGAAUCCUACCAUGACCGGUGGUCUACAAAUGCAAAAUCCUGCCGUGACUGGUAAUAAUAUGAUGCCACAGACAUCGUUUAUGAAUCCAGCAAUUACUGGUGGUAAUAGCAUGAUACCACAGACAUCUUUUAUGAAUCCUACCAUGACCGGUGGCCUGCAAAUACAAAAUCCAGCAACAACUGGUGGUAUGCUUCCACCUACAUCGUUUAUGAAUCCUGCAACCACUGGAGGCAUGAUGUCAAAUACUUCAUUUGGCGGUGCUGCUCAGUUGCAACCGCAAGCUACAGGAUUUGGAUUUGGUAAUGGCGGAAAUAGCAGUACUGGUAAACAACAGGCUAAUUUGGCAAAUGCAACCGCUGAUAAUCCUUUUGGAUUCUGA